AUGCCCUCCGCCUCAGCCGCGCUUCUCCCGGCCGUCUCCUCACAGGGCGGGCCGGCGUCGGCACCAUCGACUGGAGGAUCGGCGGCCGCACCGAAGAAAAAGUCGCGGCGCAAUACUGACCCUGCAGCGCAAAAGCGACGGUGCGUCAGCACGGCCUGUGUCGCAUGCCGGAAGAGGAAGUCCAAGUGCGACGGCGCACUGCCGAGCUGUGCGGCUUGCGCCAGCGUCUAUUGUACCGAGUGCGUGUACGACCCGAACUCGGACCAUCGGCGGAAAGGCGUCUAUCGUGAGAAAGUGGACAGCAUGAAAGCACAAAACUCGACCUUGCAAAUCCUCAUUGAGUCGAUCCUCAAUGCUGAUGAGGAUGAUGUGCUUGCCAUUGUGAGAAAGAUUCGCACGUGUGACAGCCUCGAUGCGGUGGCCGAGUCGAUCAUGAAGGACGACCAAAACAACAACGGAGACGGCGGAGAUGACGCCAGCACCGUGUCAGACAAUGUGACAGUCGACGCAGACCAAUCAGCGGAAGGCGAGAUCGAACUAGCCAGGAAGAUGGGUGAAUUGCGUCUUGAAAACGGCUCUGUUCGCUUCAUCGGCGGCACCUCCCACUUAAUAUAUAUUGGCGACUCUCUAGGUGACAACGACGUCGUCUCGAGCCCCGAAAACAGCGCCGAGGGCGCUUCGGCAGCCGAGGGCGAAUCUCGGUUCGAGUCACCAUAUACCACGACCGAGGAAGCCAUCAACAGCUGGACGAACGUCACCGCCGACACUUCGUUGAUCAUCCAUUUGAUGAAUAUGUACUUCAACUGGCACUACACCUACUUCACCACCCUCUCCAAAAGCCUCUUUUACCGUGACUUUCUUCGAGGCCGGCCACUGGUGCCGCCAAAGCGUACCGUCUAUUGCACAUCGCUCCUUGUCAACGCCAUGCUCGCCCUGGGCUGCCAUUUCACCGGUGCCGUCGGGGCCUUUGCCGUCCCUGGAGACAGCCGCACGAAGGGCGACCACUUCUUCGCAGAGGCGAAGCGCCUUAUCGUCGAGAACGACGAAUACGAAAAGCCGAAGCUUGCCACUGUGCAAGCCUUGGCUCUGAUGUCGGUCCGCGAAGCUGGUUGUGCUCGUGAAGCCAAGGGGUGGGUAUACAGCGGCAUGAGUUUCCGCAUGGCCCAGGACAUUGGCCUCAAUUUCGACUCCAGCCCCAGUACGGGCUCGUCAAUAGGGGCUGCCGAACACGAUGCUCAUCACCAGAUGGACGACAGUGAGAUCGAUGCGCGCCGCAUCACUUUUUGGGGCUGCUUCCUAUUCGACAAGGCGUGGUCCAACUAUCUCGGCCGCUUGCCCCAGCUUCCAAAGAACUCGUACAGCGUGCCCAAGUAUGAUGUCUUCCCCGACGAGGAUGCGGAGCCUUGGUCACCUUUCACCGACUCUGGCUUUGACGUAUCGCUUCGGCAGCCAUCCCGGACCCGCGCCAUUGGUCUGCACCUAUCCAAGCUUUGCGAGAUCAGCAGCGAUCUUCUCCUCUUCUUCUACCACCCGAAUCACAUCGGCCGUUCCAACGGCAAGGCAGUCGAGCUUAAGAAGCUCAGCGAACUGCACCGUCGUCUGGAAGACUGGCGCCGCGAACUCCCUGUUGAAUUCGAGCCUAAAGAGGGACAGCUUCCGAAUGUGCUGUUAACACAGUAA